AUGGACAACAAGCCGCUCUCGGCUUGGAACAGCAUCAUCUCUCUUAACGCAGCCAUAUCGAUUCUAACAACCGCCUAUGGAGCGGCUCUAAUGCAUGGCGUUGGCAAUUUCAUUGGCCAAAUCAAGUGGCUCCGUUUUAAGGAGGGAGUCAAUAAGCUUGAGAAGUUGGAAAGAUUCGACGAAGCAAGUCGCGGGCCUUGGGGAUCCGUCAUGUUUCUUGCCACAGUCAAGUUGAACCUGGCUACUCUUGGUGCCUUGAUUACAAUAGCUCGAGUCGCUUUGUCGCCACUGACCCAGCAAGUGGUAAAGAUCGAGCAACAAUUGGUCCCGGAAGACGACGCUGUCUUUGGAUAUGCGCACGAAUAUAAUCGUGGGCUUAUGCUGGCAAAUAAUGUUCCUGUUUAUGAUGCCCGAGCGAACGGCAGCACAUUCUCAUUUGAACAAACCCGAGAGGUCGUGGUUAAUUCGAAAACCCUUUGGGAACCCGUAACUGAUGAUGGUCUAAGCCCACACUCCAGGGCACAGUUGAACGAGUCCAAGGUCCAGGGCAUUCCUACCCUUGCAAUAACUCGGAGCGACCUCGUUGCCUUGCAAGUCUACCUCGAGUCUGAUUCAAUUGCAAGUAAGUGGGUAUCAGGAAACUGGGUGAAUAAGAACUCAGGCCUCAGUGCCGCGCUUUCAGGCAACGUGGACGUUGGAAAGCGGUUCGAGAUGAUGGCUCUUAGCAUGACAAGUUAUCUACGCUCUGGGCCAAACUCAAUACCCGCAGUCGGGACGAGCUUCAGCAGCCAACCCUUUGUUUCCAUCCGGUGGCUGUAUUUGAUAGGACCCGGCAUCAUUCAGUUUGCAGCUUUGCUGUUUGCCCUAACCACGAUAAUCGGGAACCGAAAAAGCCGGAAUGUGCCGUUGUGGAAGUCUUCUGCACUUGCAGUUCUUGCUUGUCAGUGUGACAACCAGUCUGACAAAAUACAGGCCGAGCCUAUGGAUAUCAAAGAGAUUGAGAAGACGGCGGAGACGACUUUUGCACAGCUGGAGUAG